CAGGGGGGCGGGGCCGCGGCGGCCCAGUGCGCAGGCGCCGCGUGCGGUGCGCGCCGGGCUCAAUGGCCGGGUCGCACGGUAGCAAGGUCCGAGCCUUGUACAGACGGAUCUUGCAGCUGCACCGGGUGCUGCCCCCGGACCUCAAAGCCUUGGGCGACCAGUACGUGAAGGACGAGUUUAGGAGGCAUAAGGCCGUUGGUUCUGACGAGGCCCGGCGUUUCCUGCAGGAAUGGGAGGUGUAUGCGACAGUGUUAUGGCAACAAGCCAACAACAACAGACAAAAUCCAACUGAAAAAGCAUGUUUUGGCACCUUUCUCCCAGAAGAAAAACUAAAUGACUUUCGUGACGAGCAGAUUGGACAGUUGCAAGAGCUGAUGCAAGAAGCCACGAAACCCAACAGGCAGUUUAGUAUUACUGACUCUACAAAGCCAAAGUUGUCUAGAUGAGGAAGCUGAAUACAUAAAAUUCUGUUUUCUCUGCCAUUCAAAUAAAUAAGAGUAAGAAGUUUUACACAUUGGUUAUUUCAGCCUUGAGAGUGGUUGGCACUUCUAUUUUUUGAUGUUUUGAAUACAAUAUUUAGAUCAGGACCCCUAAUAAACAACUGAAAAACUGAUAUUAUUGGAAUAAUAGGUAGCUUUUGAUUUUCAUCCUAAACAAGAAAGAACGGCUCUAAAAUGGACACGCUUCUGGAAUUGCACUGAAAUUUUUUUCUAUGUGAGUUUGUUAUAAAUGCUUCUCAUGCCUCAGUCUGUGGCUUUUCUUUGGCUUCAUCAGUUGGGUGUUUCAGGAUAAUGAUAGAUGGUGGAAUUCUAACAAGAGUAUUAUUGAAAUGCAUCAUCAUUCUGAAAGUUCUUCGUUUCUGCUUUAAUUAUACACACAGGGUAACUAUUCUACCCUUCAAGUCGUUAUUUGUUCAUAAUGAAAGGUUAAAGAGAAGCACUAAGAUUCAGUAUUACACUAUCAUUUGUAUGAUGGACUAUAUAAAAUAUAUUUUGAUAGUGCUUAUUUAUAACAAGUAACACCUUAAAUAAUUUGCAGUUACCUUGAGAAUCUCAUUUAUUGCCUAAUAGAGUAAAAACGUUUUCAUGAAGUUUUCUUAUACUUGACUUAUAGAUUUAAAAACUCAGAUGGUGGGGCUGGCAUAGUGGGUUGAGUUGCCGCCUGCAAUGCCGGCAUCCAGUAUGAGCACUGGUUCAAGUCCCAGCUGCUGCACUUCUGAUCCAACUCCCUGCUAAUUGCCUGUGAAAAGCAGCAGAAGCCACCCACGUGGGCAACCCAGAAGCAGCACCUGGCUCUGACCUGGCUGUUGCAGGCCUUUGGGGAGUGAACCAGUGGAUGGAAGACACCCACCCCCACCCCCAACUCCUUCUGUCUCUGUAAUUCUGCGUUUCAAAUAACUAAGUAAAUCUUUAAAAUUAAAAAAACUCUCAAAUGGUAAA